AUGUGUUAUGUGGGUAAAGCUACCAAGAUCUUCAUCUUCAUUGUCACUGUUCUAGUUGUUACUGGUCUUAUAUUGGGAUUUGGGUUACUUAGGCAUCACAAUCAGAAAGGGGAAAACAAAUGUUCUGGUGAUUCUUGUGACCAAAAUCAGUACCAAAGCCCCAUUGUUUACCCACCCCCUACCACCUCCACUAACACCAAUAACCCAAUUUCACCAUUGCCAAUUUCAACUCCUUCACAGCCAAAUACUCCAAAUCCUAACUUACCCCAACCACCACCACCACCCUCACCAGAUAAUCCUACCCCUGAAACACCUAAUUUAACACCACCGCCGCCUCCAGACACCGUGGUCUCCACUCCGCCGCCGCUUCCGCCGCCAGCUGUCUCAUUAACUCCGCCGCCAACAUUGAGCCCUCCCAGCCCCGUAACGGUGUCGCCAGGUCCAGUGCAAUCUUAG